AUGGCGCAAACAGAUCAAAAUGGCCCACCGGCGGCGUCUGCAGAUUUGCCACCGGCGAUGGCUGAUGUCAAGUCGAAAAAAGUAGACGACUUGCUGAAAGAGAUGAACCGUAUGCCAAUCUUCAUGACCAGUCUAGAUGAAACAGAUGGCGAGGGAGGCGAGAACAUGGCGCUCGAGGCGUUGAAAGCGAUGGCGUACGAGGGAACCCGUGCGGAGAUCGCUGAGAACUUCCGGCAGCAAGGCAACGAAUGCGCGCGGGCAAAGCAAUGGACAGACGCGAAAGAGUUCUACGACAAAGCAAUAGCGGCGCUCAAAGGUCCACAAACAAACCCUGAUCCAGAUGCGGAAGGUCCAGACGUUAUUCCCGUGGAGCUUGACGAGAAGGAGGAGGCGGAGAAGGAAAGAGCGAUUGCAGAGGCCGUCUAUGUCAACCGAGCAUUAUGCAAUUUGGAGAAGAAUUGCGUAUCCACGCUCAAGAUCAACCCCGCAAACGUCAAAGCCUUCUACAGAUCAGCCACUGCUGGUCUAGCACUCGACAAGCUACAGGAAGCAGCCUGGGCUUGCGACAGAGGCCUGGCCCUAGAUGCCAACAACGCCCCUCUCAAGGCCCUCAAAACCAAGAUCGAUGCUCGGAAGCAGUACAUAGAAUCCGUCGAGAAGGCGCGUCGCGAACGAGAAGAAAAGGCUGCAUCAGAGCGGUUAACACUCAAACUCGCCUUGAGGAGCCGGAAUAUCCUGACGCGGAGCACGGAGAAGCCCCCAGAUUUGGAAGACGCCACUGUCAAGCUGGAGAACAGCCUGGAUCCUUCUUCAACACUCACGGUGCCAGUCAUACUGCUGUAUCCCAUGCACUCGCAGUCUGACUUCAUCAAGGCGUUCUCUGAGAAAGAGAAGCUAGACGAACAUCUCGACUACAUCUUCCCGCUGCCAUGGGACGAGAAGCACGAGUACACCAUCGACAACAUAGAGUCUUACAUGGAAACUGCAGCCGGUGGUCUGAUCAAAGUAGGAAAGAAGAUGAGCCUAGGCAAAGUACUUGGAAGCGGAAAGCCAGAGAUCGUCGACGGCCUGGUAACGAUAAGCGUGAUACCAAAGGACAAGGCAGCUGGUUGGAUAGAAGAGUUCAAGAAGCGGAAAGGAAAGACGGCAUAA